CUGCCAUUGAAUUGGUGUUCCCAUCGUUUACUACUACAUAUAAUUUUCUUUACCUCUGUUCUUGACACAUCCUCUUUUAACUGGAGAUUUUCUUUAUCAUUUUCGCUUUCGGACUAAAUUUAGGUCUUAAGCUUCCAUCAUGUCUACCCUUGCAAACUCCUUACCCGGCAAAGCUCAGAGCACUGCUAUUAUCAUCCCCGGCAAACCAGAUGCAUUAACCAUUAGUUAUGAGAGACUGCAUGCCGAUAUACUUGCAUUCCAAUCAAAAUUAGCCCGCUUAGGCAUCACUCAUGCCUCCGCGGUCUCCGUUGCUCUCCCGAAUUCGUACGAAUUCAUUGUCUCGUUUCUUGCUACCUCAUGGCAAAGAGCAAUCGCUGCUCCUCUGAAUCCGGCUUAUAAGCAGGAUGAAUUUGAAUUCUAUAUUGGUGACUUGAGCUCGGCCCUGGCGCUCGUGCCAAAGGGUUCCUAUGGACAGGAUGGCCCUGCGGUUCGUGCUGCAAGGAAGUAUAACGCUGCUAUUGCGGAAUGUUACUGGAACGGCAAGCAGGUCGUGUUGGACAUAAAGGAGCAUGGAAAGCUAGCCGGACGGGAGAACCAGAAUGUUGAAACUGCACAACCGGAUGACAUUGCACUUGUUUUGCAUACUAGUGGAACUACGGGUAGACCCAAAGCUGUUCCUCUUACCCAUAGAAACUUGACAAGGACGAUGAGAAAUAUCCAAGCAACCUAUUCCUUGACUGAAAAUGACCGAACCCUCCUUGUGAUGCCCCUUUUCCAUGUCCAUGGACUUCUAGCGGCUUUUCUUGCACCUCUUCUCUCUGGUGGUUCAGCAGUAGUCCCGCUCAAGUUUUCGGCUUCAGAAUUCUGGUCCGAUUUCAUCACUUACAAGGCGAACUGGUAUACGGCCGUCCCGACCAUUCACCAAAUACUGCUCAAGAAUCCUAUCCCAUCACCAGUUCCUAAUAUUCGCUUCAUUCGCUCCUGCUCCUCACCUCUUUCGCCAAAAACUUUCCAUGACCUGCAGAAGGCCCUUCAGGCACCCGUGCUGGAAGCUUAUGCUAUGACAGAAGCAGCCCACCAAAUGACAAGCAACCCUCUUCCCCCAGGGAAACGUAUUCCCGGCAGUGUGGGUAUCGGCCAAGGUGUUGAUGUCAGAAUCCUCGAUUCGGAAGGCAACGAAGUCUCACAAGGUACAGAGGGCGAAAUCUGUAUCCGCGGCGAAAACGUCACUAAGGGUUAUCUCAACAACCCCACCGCCAACAAGUCGUCUUUCACAAAAGGCGGCUUCUUCCGAACUGGCGACCAGGGCAAAAAGGAUAAGGAUGGCUACGUCUACAUCACAGGCCGGAUCAAAGAACUUAUCAAUAAAGGCGGAGAGAAAAUUAGCCCCAUCGAGCUUGAUAAUGUGAUUACACAGAAUCCUCAUGUAGCCGAGGCGGUCUCCUUCGCCAUCCCAGAUCAAAUUUACGGAGAAGAUAUUGGCGUAGCAGUUGUCCUUAAAAAGAGAGGGAGCAUCUCCGAGGACGCAUUGAAGGCUGAGCUAGCGCCAAAGGUCGCCAAGUUCAAGGUCCCAAAGAAGAUCUGGAUCCUCCUUGAAAUCCCUAAAACUGCAACAGGUAAAAUCCAACGUCGAAAGGUCGCUGAAGCAAUGCUCAAGGAGUCUCCUGCACCGAAGCUUUAAUAUAUUAUAUUAAAUCGCCGUACACUGAUAGAACAACAUGCUAUAUACCAUAAUCAAUCCGAUUCUACGAGCAGGAUAGAUUGUAUUUUGAACAGGCUAUUCAAAAGAUUCGCAUUCUCCGCAACAUUUAACUACAUUUUCGAUAUUUUU